AUGACGAGAUACUAUUGUGAAUACUGUCAUUCGUAUUUGACCCAUGACACGUUAAGCGUUCGUAAGUCGCAUCUGGUUGGUAAGAAUCAUCUUCGCAUAACAGCGGACUAUUAUAGGAAUAAGGCAAGAGACAUCUCUAAUAGGCAUAAUCAUAAAAGACGCCACAUUGGAAAGAAGGGUAGGAAAGAAGGAGAAAAAAGUAGUGAAAAUGAAAGGCUAAAAGUUACAUGCCUUUCAAAUAAGGAGAAAAGACGAAACUUGCAUGUGAAGAAAAUGAACCAAAAGGAACUGGCACAAACUUCGAUAAAUACUUUGCAAUCGUUAUACGACGGCUCGCCAGGAUAUUCAAAAGUAUUUGUAGAUGCCAAUAGGUUCGAUAUAGGAGAUCUGGUUAAAGCCAGCAAAUUGCCGCAAAGGGCCAACGAAAAAUCUGCACAACAUUCCCUCAAGCAAACUUCAAGAUCCAGAGAUGAGACGUGCGAGAGCAAUCCAUUCCCUAGGCUGACCAAUCCAAAGAAGUUCGAGCCCCCAAAGAUAUUAUCACAAUGGAGUAACACCAUUCCAAAAACUUCUAUAUUUUACAGCACGGAUAUAUUACAAACCACGAUCAAGGAGUCGAAGAAACGGAUGCAUCCUGACGGCAUGCGGAAACCACUGAGUACCAACGUAUUUAAAAGGAGGAGGUAUGGAAAUUAG